CAGGAGGCGGGGCUUCCCGCGGUUGCUAUGCAACGUGUCUGUAACCGCCGUGCUGCGCGAAAGCGCGAAGGAGGAAACGGAGCAUAAACAAACUCUGAAAAGUGUUGUAAUAAUUAAAUAUAUCUGUUAGACAAAAGGUAUUUGGUUAAAGGCAUUAGACAGAGACUCCGGCUGUACAGCGGUGUGUUGGGUGUCUCUUAUUGAGAGAAAUGGAGAGUUAUGAGCAGUUUUACAGCAGGACGAUGAACGCGCUGCUGCCGGCCGCCUGCAGUACCUCGCCGCGGCCGCAGGGGGCGCUGUCGGACCUCCACUUCCGCGGCAGGACGCUCUUACAGCCGCUGGUGAGUGAAGCGCUGCGUGUUCAGAUGGCUGAAGACAGACAGACAGCGGUGGAGAGAGACAGAAGGAGACAGACAGACGCUCUUCUGGAGAAAGUGCACAACGUCCUCAACAACAUCCAGCUGAAGAAGGUGCAGAAGGAGCCGGACUGCGCAGUGACACCCACAUCAGACUCCUCUCUGACUCUCGGGUACAAAACGAGCCCGAUGCGCUCCAUCAGAACCAGCGUGAGGCCGUGUACGGCUCCGGCUCAGAAGCAGACGCUCAGUCCCAGCAGCUCUCUGAAGAGAGAGACCCUCCGCCUGCUCAACCAGCGCAUGGAGAAGCUGGCGUCUGACGAGUCCAGAGACGGCUCGGACCCAGAAUCCCCUGAUUCCAGCCUGAUGGGCUCCUACGCACAGUUACCCAGCCCUCAGCCCAGAAACAUCUUCAUCUCCAGCCCCGUCAGCGAGUCUGAGCUCAGCACCACUGGAUCUAAAAACAAUGAGCAAGCUUCAGCUUUCACGGCAUCUUCACCGCCCUCUUCUGCUGCGGAACGGAACUGCAGCGGUUCAGAGGUCAGUGAUAGACAGCUGUCAGUCAUUACCUCCACACCCAGCAGCUGGACAGGAAUGACCGGGUUCGAUGAAACGCAAGAUGUGAGCCAUGAGAAACCCCGUCGCUCACCCCCGGCGCCCCUCAACCGAUCCUAUGAUGUGGAAAACCCCUCGCCAUCUCUGAACAGACCACAGGUGGAUUCAGUCGGGCCGAACCCAAGCCGAUUAGAGACAGAAAGACACUCACAGCAGCUCCUGGAUGAACAGAUGAACCUCAAACAGCUCACUGGAGUGGAGCAGCAGAUUCAGGCUCUGGAAAUGUUGCGUGAGCGUUUAGAGAGAGAACACGCUCCGCAGAUCUCGCAGGAGAGACAAACACAACACCUCCAGCAGGAGGUGUGUGUGGAGCAGAUGAAGCAUCUCUGUCGUCUUACUGCCGUGGCUCGAGGUUUUCUGACACGCAGACUCCUACAGACGGACAAAAUCACACACCUGCGCAAAACCAUACAGGAUUCCAGGGAUCUCAUCCGCUCCUUCCAGACGGAUUCCCAGCUGAAGAGAGUCUCCGUCUCCCAUCAGGAUCUGUCCUUAUAUCAGCGCGUCACAGCUCAGCUGCGAUCAGCGCUGCAUGACGUCCAUCAGAUCUUCACUGUGUGGCCUGUGAGAGACAGACUGAGUCUACUGCAGCAGGACCGAGAGAUCCGCAGAGAGAGGACACUCAGAGAGAUGGUACACACACAUUCACAC